UUGCUCAUUGCCCAACUUUCUUCUCUUCCGUCCACCUUUGCGGAGUCUUCAUCUAAAGUUAUGCUAAAGCGUUAGAAGCGGAGGAGCGGACGCACCUUAACAAAGUCGUUUAGUAGACUUAUUUAUUUAUUCAUCUUGUUUGUGUUUUUUUUAUUAGAUUUUCUUCAGUUUGUCUGUUGUUGAACUUCCCACUGGAAAUACGCCAGGAAGACAGAGUUGGUCGACAUGGGGGACGUGAUUUCCAGUCACCUGGAUGAGGCCAGGCGGGAGAUGAUCACAGUGCGGACGGCGGAGGUGAUGGGGGAGUUCAGCCGUCUGUAUGAGCAGCAGUACGCGGUGGCUCUCUUCAACAAGGUGCGCUUUGACAUCGAGGGAGGAGGAGGACCGCAGCCCCAGCUAUUAAACCGCAAGGUUCCUCUGGAGAACAAGUCCAUCUUCUCUGGAGCGCUUUUCCAGUACAUAGAGGAGAAUAAGAAAUGGAGAAACCGCUUCCUCUUCAUCCCAGACUCCUAUAACAUCAACUAUUACGACAACAAAGCGUCCCAUGAUAAGGGGCUCCAUCCCAAGGGGACCAUCAACUGUGCCAGCUACAGAGUGUUGACCUCCAUGGAGCAAUAUCUGGAGCUGACCAGCAACAGCCUGCCUGGCAUGAAAGCCAAAGUGGGAAGCUCACCUUUCCUGAAGUGUGCCACCCAGUUCCCUCUGAUCCUCUGGCACCCGUACGGUCGUCACUUCUACUUCUGUGUGGUGACAGAGAAAGAGCAGCAGAAGUGGCAAGCUGUCUUUCAGGACUGUGUCAGACAUGCCAACGAUGGUCUGUCAGAAGAGAGUAAGAUACAGACGCCAGCCUUUACAGAUGCCGUUCGCCUCCACCGCCAAGCGCUGGGCCAUUACGGCACCUGGGACAUGAUGUGUGGUACGCCACCACAGAUCCUGUCUAACCUGGUGAUGGAGGGCCUCCUCCCCGAGCUGAGGGAGCUCAUCUGCCCUCGACUCAAAGGCAAGAUGUACGAGCGGCAGAGGAACUGGAUGCUGAUCAGUGAUGCAGUGUACAGCCUGGUGCAGCACCAGUGCCAAACCCAGUACGAGGCAGUGGUGCAGAAAUGUGAGGCAGGGCGUCCCCUGCUGGAAGCCUCCAUACGCACAGACAUGGAUCAGAUCAUCACCUCCAAGGAGCACGUCACCCACAAGAUACGAGCGGUGGUGCUGCCCAAAGCAGAGAAGCUGCUGAAGGUGAGCAUUCAGCCUUACAUCGCCUCCAUCUUGGAAGCGCUGAUGGAGCCCACCAGCCGGGGCUUCUCGGAGGUCCGUGAUGUCUUCUUCGGCGAGCUGGUGGAUAUGAGCAGGAACACGCUCAACAGUGGCACCAGAGAGACGGUAGCAGAGCACAUGGAGAAGAUCUCCAUGUUGGCGUUCCACCCGGUAAAGAUGCAGAGCUGCUAUGAGAAGGUGGAGCAGCUCAGUCUGGAAGGGCUACAGGAGAGAUUUGACGUCUCCAGUCCCUCAGUGUUUGUCCAGAGGGCUCAGAUCCUCAUGAGAGAGCAAAUGGACAAUGCAGUGUAUACCUUUGAGCAGAUCCUUCAUCAGAGUUUGGACUCCCAGGGCCCUGAUGAGCUGUGUAAGGCCAUUCAACGCUGCCAGGAUCGAGUCAUCAAGAAAUUUGACUAUGACAGCAGCACAGUGAGGAAGCGGUUCUUUCGCGAAGCGCUCCUUCAGAUCUUUAUUCCUUACAUGUUGAAGCAGCUCACCCCCUCCUGUGCCUCGGAGCUGCCUCGCUUCCAGGAGCUGAUCUUUGAGGACUUCUCCCGAUUCAUCCUGGUCAUCAACAUCUUCGAGGAGGUGGUACUACAGUCCAUCAUGAAGGACAUCAUGAUGGCUGUGAAGGAGGCAGCUGUCCAGAGAAGGCACAACCUGUACAGGGACAGCAUCGUCCUCACCAACAGUGACCCCAACCUGCUCCUCCUCGGGGAGAACCCUUCCAUCGACUGGGCUGGCGAGUAUGGAGCCCAGGAGGAUGCAGACAGCGCUGGAGAGGUCGCGGAGGCAGAGAGCGAGGAGUCGCAGAAGAGGCGGAGGAUGAAGCAGGUUGUGUCCAUGAUCCAGGUGGAAGGCUCGCCAGUUCUGCCCGGUGAGUCUUGCGUGGAGGUGCCAGGGGUCGAUGACAUCCCAGAGGAGGAAGGGGAGGGUGAGGAAGACAAGGAUGCUGGAGCCAACAGCAAAUCCAGCAAGCCCGGGCAGAGCCAAUUUGAAACUAGUCCCAAAGUCUCAGAGAACCCUCCAGCCCUCACAAAUGGUUCGGUCCUAAAGGAAGGGGGCGCAUUUACAUCAGAGGAGCAAAUUACACAGGGCCUUGCUGUUGAUGUUGACCAGGAACUAGAAUCUGUCAAAGUAAGCCCACCACGGGACCCAGAAGCUACCCCAAUCACACAAAACACCAUUCAGGAAGUAGAUGCUGCCAUGCAAGAAGAGGAUGGCCAGCCGGAUACUGAGGAGGGAACUGGUCAGGAGGAGGGAACUGGUCAGGAGGGGGGAACUGGUCAGGAGGAAGGAACUGGUCAGGAGCAGCUCAUGAACACAAACCAGGAAGUGACGUCAACUUUAGAGCAGGUAUCUUUGCCGCCGCUGCCACCACCCUCUGAGAACAUGGAGGCACUCUCAACCGGACCCAAAGACAUGGAACAGGGCUCCACAUUUACUCCAGAAAGCAGCCAGGACUUUGGUUCAGAGGCGGAGCCAACCACAGCAGACUUUCCACCACCUCCACAAGAUGACAGUGAGUUUCAAUCCCCCAUCAGCAAGGCAAUGGCAGAGGAGAAAAUCACACCGGAGAGCACUGGGGCUCUGCCGGUUGGAGAGGGACCGCCACAGGUGGAAACAAUAUCAAAACCCAGUGACUCUGAAACUGGUGAGGAAGACUCCACAAGCAACAACUAGUGAACAAAAUUAUCUACCCUUUCGUAACCUAAACUGCAUUACAACUUCUUUUUUUUCCCCAGAGACAGAAUGGAAUUUCAUUUUAUUUUCAUAAUCGGCCAUUUUAUUCAUAAAGCAUCAGCUUCCAUACCAGUUUUGUCCAUAAUAGUAAUGUAGCAUGUCUUCUGGAAAAUUGUACGCAUAAUCUAGUCUACACUAAUGACCAAUAUUUCACUGAGCAGGGCUCAGAUGCCUUUUUAUAUUUGUACUUGGCAACACUCCUCCAACAGAAUAAAGGCUUUAUUAGCUACCUACUCUGUCUGAUGGGAAAGCUUGAGCUAUGCAAUUCAUUCUCAUAUAUAAACGCCACACUUUUUGUAUUUGUUUGGUGAGAAGUUCGCACGGUGUCCUUUAUGGUAUAAUGUAAAUAUGUUAAGUUAAGAGAACACUCUUCCGGUUGAGGUGCCUUUGGUGAGAUAUGGGAAUUUAACUGAGUUGCUCCAAGUUGAUCAGUCUGAUUUGUUUUACUACUGUAUUUCCUACUGUCUGACCUGCAAUAUGACUCAGCAAUUUGAAUUAUUAUUAGAUUAAUUUCUGCAUGAGCUAAAUGUGUAUUAGAACAAGGAGAACAAUACUUCUAACCAACUGCGAUGAUAAUAUUAUUAAUGGUAAUGGGCUGAAAGACGACCAUCGUUCAAAAUGAUGCAAUACUGUAUAUAAUCAUUUUAAGAUGGUGUAGGGAAAAUCUUGCAUUAGAAUAUGUAUUUUUUUUUCCUUUGCUUCUCAAAUAUUAUAAAUGACAAUCUGUCAUAUAUCUUGAUGCACAGAACUUUUGCUCAAUUUUUGACAAUUACCCUUGUGUUGGCUGUAAUAACACCUUUUUCCAUUGGUUUUGACUUCGCAUUGAGAUCUUAUUUGUACCGCUCUAAUGGUCAUCUGGACUUUAUGGAUGAUGUAACUCUCAAACAGUCAUUUGACAUUUGUAUGGUUUAGUCAGCGCUAUAGUUGAUUUUUUUUGUUGCCCCUUUAUUGUUUUAAUUUAUUAUAUUUUGCACGUCACAUCCCUUUACUCCCUCUUGUUAUUGAUGAGUGUACUUUUAGAUUUAUUUUAUUCUGAGAGAUGCAAAUGACCGUUGAUAAUAAAUCAUUAUCUAUUAAAUAAUAUAACAUUUUG